UUCAUUGUUUAAUCUUCUUCAAACUUUUGAAAGACGAAGGACGUACCUGAGUGCUGACCAGUCGUAGCUGUUUGUCUUGCUGGAUAACACCCAGAAGUAGUUCAGGCAACGUUGCACCAUGAGUCAUACACAAUUGAGCAGUGCGGCGUCGAAGCUGGUCCGUCUUCUUCAGACAUCGACUGGACGUCAGGCUGUAUGUAAGCCGACACAGUACUUGAAGAACACAGUCCAACAGUACACGAUGCUGGAGAGUAGUGCUGCUAUUCAAGAUGCCACUCGCACUUGUCUAGCAUACUCAACUAUGCUAGAUGCUGUGAAGGAGCAACAGGAGUUGGAUGAGAAGUAUGGCAAGGGCGAGCAGUCGAUAAAGGCUAGUGCGCAUCGCGUUGGUUUGGAGUUGCCUAAGGCGUAUGAGGAGAGUGCACCUAGUGAUGCCAGUGCUAACAAUACUAGUGACUCGUCAAGCAGUAAGACUGGAGAGACAUGAGCCAUUCGGCCAUCGUUGUUCACUGUAAAGGUACAAUGCGUGGUGUUAGUCAGAGGAACAGUGCUGCACUGGUGUGACCAAGCAGAUGGAACCCGGCCUUGCAUACCAGACUGAUCAUGCUCGUUCACGGAGGUACUGUGCGAUCAGGACUGCUGCCUUGCUCACAGUAAGUGCUGUGUGCUUGCUGUGUCUGUGUUGUCACCGCGUGGUGCUGUUUCCAAUGUGCUGAUCUGUGCGCACAAGCACACUGUACAACAGCAUUACUAUCCUCUGGCGUAUCAGGUGUGUGCAUGCAACAGCCCAACACAGUACACUACUGUACAUCACCCUGCUGGACAUGUAGUAGUACUAGUAGGUCAGUGAAGAAAUACUGCUCAUGAGUGGUGUACUUUGAAGAUGGUCCAGAACUCACUGUGCUAGUCAAGACACCAGUGCUGUCAUGUACAUACCUUUGUCAUUGGUCAUGGUUCAGCAGUGCUCAACUACUUGCCCUGGUAGACCUCCCAGUGAGGCUGUUGACUUAGAUUUGUUCAGUGCAGUGAAUGCCCCGACUGCAGUGCACACUGCAUGAAAUAGUCAGUUUUGCAAGUACCACCAGUAACUUACUUUAUUCUAUUUAUCACCAGCCUUGUUGGCUGUCAAUACUCUGCUGUUGCUGCUGCUGGCUGCAAUUCAGAACUGCGUCCUUGAUUUA